UCUCCCUCUCUCAGCCUGUCUCUCUCUAUCCCUCUCUCUUCCUCUGCUCCUCUCCCUCCUUCUCUCUCUUCUCACAUUAGUCCUGGGUCUAAACGCAAAGCUCUGGUACUGCUACAGCAGAUAUGAAGCUCUCACACAUGGACUUCACACACACACAGUGCUCCAAGAUGGUGACCAAUAUACAUUCACUCAUUAAGGAAAUGAGGAGAUAAGAUAGGACAGGUUCAUCCUGUUUCUGCUUACCUUGCUGGAGCCCCAUUGUUCCAGACGUAGCAGAAUGCCAUUGUGUCGCGGACAAGGAGCAGCCUGCUGAACCAGCCACACCGGCAUCAUGGCAGGAGAGACUACGCAGACGUAUGCCACCAAAGAGCUGGAGUUAUUUAAGGAAGAAAAGAAAUCAGCAAUUGAGCAGUUCAACAAGAAAGCCUUAAAGGGGUCACCUGAGCACUUUGAGAAUGGGAUUGUGGAGUCAAAGACUGUUAACAAUAGUGCUAAGUUCGUAGAAAAGGAGAAAGACAACGUUCAACAACGCGAGGCUGUUAUCCGGCCACAGCAGGCAGGAAAAAUCGAUUUUAAGUCACUGCAGAACCGUUCCAAGUUCUCCAGUGAUGGAACAUGGCUUAGUGGGAAAAGCAGUCCUCAGUCCCCCAGCGGGAGAAAUCGGAAUCGGGAUAAAGGGAAAAAGUCCGGAAAGACAGAGCGUGGAAACCCACAGCAGCUGUACAGACUGAGUAUCACAAACCCACGCUCCAAUCCUACAAUAGGGAUUGCAUAUCCACAACAGAAGCUUUUACCUCCCAAGAAGCUGGAGGCCAGCCAGGGCCCGGUCUCAGGCAGCUAUAGGUUUCAUGUGCCAAGUAUUGCAGAGCGAGAAGUAGACUUGCAACAGGAAGAGUUCAACCUUAAUCUCUGCUACCAGGAAGGUUCUUCUAACCUCACCCCUCCAAGCUAUACCUCACAACCAGUGGGCUCUGCUGCAGGAGGCCCUGCCCAACAGCACCCACCGCCCUCUGCACCUCAGCAACAGCCCAACACAUUGGAAACUAGCAACACAUCUGUCAACCAAAUGCUUUUUCCCGACUUUCAGCUGAGCAGAGCUGAGAUGUGGCAGUCUCCCGACAGAACAUUUAGUAAUGCUAGUUUUGUGGUCCCUUCACAAAAAUCUAAUAAUGUUGCUGAUGUAAACAAAGCAAAUGGUUUCAUUCAGUUGCCAUUUCAGUAUGGAUAUCCCAUGCUGGAAGACACAGUGUCAGAUUCCUUCUGUGACCCGAACCCACAGCCACAAGACUUAAUAGAUGCACCUUUGGGUCCUAACCAAGUAGCUCAAAACACAUUUUCCUUUCCAUCUUCUGGGGAGGAACAUGAUGUUGUGCAAAACAAUAUACAGUUCAGUUAUGAACAAUCAGAGGACAGAACAUCAUACCCUGUACACUCAAAACCUCCUCAGUAUGUACAGACUUCUCACGGUACACCACCAUCUAUGCACUGCACAAAAAGUAUAGGCGAGGGUGGUAUCACUAGUGAAAAUUCAGAAUCAACCAAUCACCAAUCAGAAAACAAAACGAGUUCAUUAUCUGACAAGUCAGAUAGUUUUUGCCCUGCAGACACUAGGGAUGCAGGUAUUGCUAUUGGGGGGAAAAGAGGUUUCCAUGCAAAAAAUGGUACCUCUUGCCAAAGAAAUCCUACCCAAAGCAGUGUUCAGCACAUACGAAAUAUUGCACAGGCUCAAAGUCCACAGCUGCACUUUUCAAAGAAAGCUUACAACUGUCCUUCAAACAAUAUUAUCCCUAUGGGCUCAGUACCACAUGACAAAAACCACAGUAGGGUAGCACAGCCAUGGGAAGGGCCCAACAAAGCCUUUACAUCAGUCAUUGAUCAGAACUCCACAUCAUAUCCAUUUCAGUGCCAACCUCCCCUUGAGCAAAGACAAAACACAGGAAUAAACAAUAGCUUGGCCUGGCAGCAGAUACACCUUACUUCAGCUAUGACAAGCCAAAACAGAAUUGAGCUCUCCAGGCAACUUAGUAACCAACAAAUGGGGUUUUUGAUAAGUCCAGCUGACUGGAAAGAAGACAUUAAGUCUCCAAAAAACACCAUCCAGAAAAGUUCCAGCAACUUUUCAACAAACAGUAGAACAAGUGAGGUGUUUUCAAAAUUAAGACAAGACAAUACCAAGAAGGGAUGUACGAUGGUAUUACCUUCUCAGUUUUCAAAUAAAGUGGAAUCAAAUGCAAGUGAUGACAAGAACAAGUCAUUAUAUUUUAGCAUUAAUCAUGCAGUAGAUGGGUCAACACCAAAGGCCCAAAACUAUCCCUCAAUGCAUGUUCCAGCCAUGGAAGUAAUGAUGGUGUCUCUGUAUGAUUCACCUUCACACUCACCCAUACAAAACCAAAUAUCAGGAAGCACAUGUUCCUCUCUUUCACCAGACACUACAAGCCCUGCCAGCAGUAUCUCUGAUGACAGUCAAAAUACAAAAGUGUCUCCACCUCCGUUUUAUACCCAGCACCAGGGUAAGGUAUCACUGGACAGCCUGAGCUCAAAUCAGCAUCACUACCAUUCAGAAGUCUCCCGAAACGUGCACUACAACCAAGAAAAAGCCAAAGACAAUAUUGUAAGUUUUCCACCAAAUAUCAGGCAUUUGAAGCCUAACAUGGAAAGUGGAAAAGGUUCCACGGACAACUACGUAACUGAGCUCCAUCCACCACCCCCAUAUUCAGCUCACCCACUCUUAGCCAGCUCUUUAGCCACUGCAAACCUUGAUCAGCUGGAUGUGCUUCUCACGUGUAAACAGUGUGAAAGGAAUUUCAGUAAUCUGCCAUCUUUUCUUGAACACAAGCAUUACUGUGGACAGCAUACAUUUGCACAAAAUGACUUCAAAGAUUUCCGGAAAGGGGACAAUUCAAGAAAAGUUCGUGCACAACACACAAAAGCCAUUUCAUCUGGGACCAGUUUCUGCAUGUCAAAGAGUUCAUCUGAUUUGCAUCUGUCUCUGCUAGGACUUAACAAGAACGGAGAGAUAAUGCCAGAGAGUGAAAACAAAGCAGAUGCCAAAGAUGAUCCUAUGAAACUCAUGCUACCAUCUGCACCACUACCAGACUUAGAGAUGGAAGAUGCUAAAUUAGACAGUCUAAUCACAGAAGCCUUGAAUGGUUACCAGUCAGACAAUGCAGAAAUUGAUAGCAGCUUUAUUGAUGCAUUUGUUGAUGAUGAAAUCACCACUACAAAAUGUUCAUCUAAUAAGCAAACUUUAAAAACAAAAGAUUCUGUACUGUUUGAGAACAGAAGUAGGCAUGAAUUCACAUCCAGUGAAAAAUCACUAAAACAGGAAAAGUAUUCUAUUGACUCAGACCUUGACUGCCUUUCUGCUGAGAGCAAUCAUCAGGUCAAAGAAAAUCAUCAGAAUGUAGAGUCCCAUAAGCAAAGUACCAAAGAGGAAAUGUCUCUUGUGAAGAGGGAAUCCAGCUCAGAGCAAUCCAGCACACGUAUAGAGUGGGUUAAAGAAAGACGAAAGUCAGAUAAGACAGUAGAGGAAAGUGAGCAUGGUUCCAGGCUUCUCAUAUCCAGAAAGUUUUCAGAAAGAGGUGAAAUCAAAACUUUACAGGGCAGCACACCUUUAGUUAAAACAUCCAUUCCUCAACCCACUUCUCCCACUAAAAGUCCAACAUCGCAGCGUCCAGUAGUGAGGGAAGGGAAAAGAAAAAGGAUCAGUGGAGGAAGUUGGAGUAAAGAACUUAUUCACAAAAUAGUCCAGCAAAAAAAUAAGCUUCAUAAUCUUCAUGUGAAAGGCACUAAAAACAUGCAGUUCUCAGUUGUGAUGGAGAGAGUGACACCCACCAUACAGAACCCUACCUUUAGGGAGUAUGAUUACAUUUCUGAUUCAGAUGAGGACUGUGGGCCAGUGAAGAUAGCAAGCCAGGGUCGCCUGAGUCAGAGUAUCCGAUGUAAGUACACAUAUACAAAAGAAUGUAAAGGAAGAAUUAAAGCAAAUAAAAACAGGGAAAGUCCAUGGAAUCAAGACAAGAUAGAGUGCUUUGAAUCCAAAAAAGCUGAGGCUCUCUCUCCACCUUUAAUAAAAGAAAUCUCAGGUCACCCGAGGAUGCGAAGAAGAAGCAGUAGAUCAUCCACCAGUAGUGAACUUAGCACAUCUGUUAGUAUAUCCAGCGAGAGCAUCAGCAGCCCCAAAAGCACUGAUCGGACCGAUUCCGACUGUGAGAAAAGAGAAAAGAUAAGGAAAAAAGACCAAGACUCCUUUGAGCAGAAAACAUCUCCACAGAGAAUACUCAAAGAGUCAAGCACAUCAUUAGCUUUGACCUUCACCAAAAACACAAAACACUACAGCACUGAUAAGAUUCUAGUAUCAGAACUGAAAGAUUGUUACACUACUUCAACAUGUAGUUCAAAUGUCAUCAGUACAACAGAAGAGACUGCAGAGCAUACCUUGACUAAAAGUACUGUCAGUCUUGCAAGAUUCAAAACCACCAGAGUAGAGGUAGAGGAGAAAUUGGACCACUAUGGGUGUGAAAUUGGAAUCCUUGCAAGCACAGAGGAACCAGCACCACUUAACAAAGACAACAGCAAUCACAUUCAAGCUAGUAUGCAUCUUAGAAAGCCUGCUGUAACACUGAAGAAAAGUGACAAGGAGACCAGUGACCUUAAAAUCAAAACAAACAAUGCCUCAGUGAAGGAAAAACCCUCGCACAAGAUGAGAAAGAGCCAGAACUCAAACCAAGAUCCAGAGUCCUCACCACCUGCUCUUGAGAACUUCAGUGAUGAUAUUGCUUUGAUCAAAGAAAGAAAACCUGAUCCAAGUGACUUAUUAUCUGAUUCACAAUCACUUUGUAGUUCACUCAUGGAUGAAAUGUGUUUAUCUCCUGUUAAACUUCACGAUGAAGCCCUGCAGAAGGACAGAAACAGUCUGAUGCCUUACACAUUAGAGAAUGACCAGAGUCUGAUAAAAUCACCUCUUUCAUUUGACACAUCAUCAAUGUUUAGUGACCUGACAGUUGGUGGAUUUGACAAUAACUUAUACCCAGAUAUACAACUUACGAAAGACAGCUUCGGUACAAUAGAAAGUGUAACUGACAAGAAAGAGCUUUUUGAAUCAUCCUUUUCUCCAUUACUGGAACAGAGAGAUUGGAGCAUGAUAGUUGAUGUGACUCCUGAGCUGCCAGAUGAGAUUUCACAAUACAAAGAAGAUUCAGAUCCAGCCAGUGAUAAGCAUAUCAGUUUUAACAAUGUUCCUUUUACAUUGACUGAAAAAAUAAUGGACUACCCACCAAAUCUCAUCAGUUGUGCCUCUGAAGAUGAGCUUGAGAUAAAGAGAAUUGUAACAGAACUUGAGAGCCAACUUCAGUCAGCUAAGCUACGCAGCCCUUCUCCACUUGACAGUGAGCCACCACAGCAUCUGACUAUGAGUAAAUUUUCUCCAUUAAGACUGGAUCAUGAAAGUGAGGUGGACCAGAGUAGCUUGGUUUGUCCAUCAGAAAGCCUAGCACUUGCUGCACCGACAGACUCCAAUUCAGAGCUGUUCUCUGAACCUGACCUGCCAUGGACCAGUCCAGUCCAGUUUGAGUUGAUGGGUGGACAGCAAUGCCUUCACACACCAACACACCCCACUGUGACAGACCCCCCAAGUCAUUUAAGCCAGGAUUUAAAGAACAGCAUAGAUCUAUCCACAGAGAAAAAAGCAGAAUUAAACAUUAAUGAGAAAAGUGAGAGCUGUGAAUCCCUGUACUCAGCUACAGACAAGUCAGAAGAGAUGAUUGAGCAUGAGAUAUACACAGAAAACCUAAUGAAAAGCCUGGAAGUAAUGUCAGAUUCUUUGUCGUCAGGGCUGGAAUCACCUCAACCACACCAGCAACAAACGUACAGUGGUGCUGAAGAUCAAGAAAAACAAAAUAAUCAGAAGACACUCAAAAAUCAAGAUAACAAAGCAGACACUACAGAUUCAGUUUUAGAACAUAUUGAGUUCCCAUCAGAUUUCAACAAAACAUUCCAGGAGAAUCGUUCCAAGUUUCUAACACAGGACAUUUGUGAGUCGAAGUUAGAUAGCACGCAAGAAAGCACCAGUGUUGCUAAGGGCAGUGAUGUCACGUUGCAUUAUAAAGACACACUUGUGAAUAAGCUACAGCCUUGUAAACUGGUUUUUAUAGAUGACAGAGAGGUGUCAUUAAACAAAAUUCACCUUUCAGAGUUGCCACUUGACAUAUUUGAACACAAGACCUGUGAAUCACCAGAGACAGUAGAGACUGGGAAAACUGAUCUUAAACCACAAACUUUGGAAUAUUUAAAUUCAAAGAGCCUUGCCAGCAAUUCGAAUGUUCCAACAGCAUUCCCAGAUGAGAUGAAAGGUCAAAGCAUGAUGGGUUUAAAACAGGAAAUCAGCCAAGUGGAAAAUUUACUCAGAGAAACAAACACUAUUGAAGAUUAUAAGGGCAUUCUUAAUUCUGUAUCACCAAAGCACAGCAAUCAAAAUAAUGAGACUGAAACUGACACGAUGGCAAAAGCAAAUUAUAACCUGGACCAAAAAACUGACCCUUCUAGCACUGAGCUUUCUUUCCAUGAAGGGGCUGAGUCACAUGAAAUUCUAAAAAAUGACAAUGUGAUUACUAAGGAUCUAUCUGAAAUAGACAGUGGGGAUCAACACAGUCAAGCCACCGCAGAGAAAGCCAGCUCACAUACAACUGCAAAUGCAAGUGAGAAUUCUGAACUACAAUCUGUAUCACCAGUAUGUCCAUCCCCAUUGAUUCAACCAUACAUCCCUUCAACAAAGACUACAGUGCAAGCAGAGAAGAGUUCAAUAAUGAGUUGUUGGCAAGGUAUUAACAAAAUGACCCCUGCUUUGACUGAAGAGCAAUCCACCUUUAAAAGUUCUGAAGAAUUGAGAUCACUACAGGACUUUUCUUCCCAUCUGGAAUUUUCAGAACCUAUGGACAACACAAUACCCAGCAGUGGAACAAUCUUGGCUGUACACACAAUCUCCAGACAGUCAUACUGUGAGGCAAAUGAGGAAUCUAAACCACAAAAUGUUACCCAAAACAGAGACACGUUAUAUGAGUUCAAACUAAGCCCAAUGAGUUGUAGUGAGACAAAUUUCAAGAACUGCAUCAUAACUUCUGAAACCUUUAAUCAAGAUAUGGGCAACCAGUUAAACUUAAAGGCAAGCCCUAAAGACAGCCUUGACAUCAGUGUCUGUGCAAUGACUCUUAAUACGGAGACAUCCAAUUGUCGACUCAGUCCAAUCCAUGUUCAAAACGAGCUUGAAUUAACAAAUUAUGAUCACUUUGACAAACUUGGCAUACCACAGUUCCAUAACACCAUCAGCCAAAAUGAUGUUAAAUACCCCAGUAUUCCACCCCCCUGCUAUGUGAAAAGUGGGGCUUCAAAUGUGGAACAACUCUCAACAGUGCACCAAGAUGAUAUGAACACUUGCCAUGUUUCCCUAGAUUCUAUCGAUUACAUGGACUUGCACAUUAACCUGCUGAAGAAAACAGAUGCUGAAAAUGUUGACACUCAGAUAACAUCUGGACAACUUUCUGCCUUGUCUCAAAAACCUAGUUUGUCCAAUUCUCAGAAAACUCAAAUGUCCAAAGAACAUCUCCCAGCAGGAAUUACAAGUGUGCCUACCACAACGUUGGGCCAAACUAUAAAGCAGACAGAAGUAAAGUCAUCACCAAAAAAAGGUUGUGCACAGAAUGCUGUUCAAGGAGAUUUUCAGUGCGAGAUUUGUUUGCUAUACUUCCGCACUUUACCUGGACUAAAACGACACAAAGCAAUGAAGCACACUGUUAAAUCUGAAGGGCACACAACACAAACCCCAAGUGGUCAAGGGCUUGUAAAAGAUAGCAUAAGGCUUUCUGAUCCAGACUUGCCAGAAAAAGAUGGUAUUUUAGAAGGCACAUCAAAAGAAACAAAGAAGAACGAUCAGAAAGACAUGCACCUAAUAACUGAGAAAGCAAGGGAAAAUAAUGUUAAACGUAGCAAGAGUGUUGAUGCCAACAAUGAUCGAUUUAACCCAAAAAUGAUAAAGCAAGACCCUUUUCCAGAUGAGUUACUCACUAUACUUAAAACAGACAUUCUACAGGCUAUUUCUCCAGAUUUCCCCUUAAUGGCACAAACUGGGUGCCCCAAGCCACCACAAAAAGAGGGCCCAACAAACAGUACCACCUGCUUGGAGAAAGUCACAGAAGAACAUCAAAACAUUGAAAAUGCCAAAGCUGAGGUAACUGCUUUUACUAAGUCCCCUGAACUGUACAACCAUGUAGCUGAUGAAGAAAAUGCGGCAUCAAAACCACACAGUGCAACUGUAAAUUCAUCUGAAGAUAAUGGACAUGAAAAUGCAAUUUCUGAUGAAUAUGCAGGAUCUGAAGAUUAUACUGCCAUGAAUGAAAUAAGCGAUUCACAUGAGGAUACUACACUUGCUAUCAAAUAUGAGAAUGAUUGCCCUACAGAUACAAAUGCUACGCAUAGUGAGGGGUAUAAAGAUCAGCCCCUAAGUCCCAGUGGGUUGGGCCCUGACCCCCAGGCUCUUUUUGAUGAUGAAAACACAUUCUCACAGUUAUUUCCAAGAAAUAAUGAAAUGAAAAGGAAAAGGUGUGCAAGAGUUUAUGGUAAAAGUAACAAAAAGCAGAGACAAAUGGCAAGCUUAAUUUCAGACUAUCCUGGCCCAGAAAUGUUUCUUGAUAAGAAUGAGGAAAGAAAAGAAAAGACAGACCAUUUAUUUGUUAGUGGUCUGAAUGACAAUUGUGAGUAUAAAACAGUAUCACUUGAUGAUGCUAAGAUGUUUGAGAUGUGCCAUAAAAAUGCACUUAACAAUUCUCCACCAACCAUUUUUCCAAAAGAUGCUUCAACAGAUCAUUUAGCUGAGCACAAUGACGCCACAGAGGCUAAAGCUCUGGGUUAUUUAUGCCAGUCAGAAUCUGAUAUUUCUGAACCUUUGGUAAACUUAAAUGUAUCUAAAGACACAAUUAUAGACACUUUAUGUCCUUCAGAUGCACCACAAAGCUAUAAAUCUGAAGAGCCCUGUCCUCUACAAAUGGUCUGUGUUGAAGAUAAUGUCUCUUGCUACCCAAGUGUUGACAUCCCAAACAUUAAAACGACAUAUGAACUCCCUGAAAUCCAGUUCUUUGAGCCUGGAACAGAUUUGUCUUUGGUUGAGACUACUCCACCCAAGAAGUCCCCCAAGAAACUUACUGUACGCAGGGGUAAGAAACACAGUGAAACGGGACUUAAGCCCAAGGACAAGCAAUACAAAUGCAAAGUUUGUUUCACCUGGUUCCUCACCUUGGGUGAGCUUGAUUUUCACAAGCUUUCCCACAAUCCUUCACCCCCUCCAACCUGCUAUAUGUGUGUCCAGCGCAAAUUUAGCUCCCGUGAGCAGCUGCGAGACCAUCUAAAGGAGAAGCAUGUCAAGAAUAAAGCAGGUGUCUGGACUUGUGGUAUGUGCUUGAAGGAAAUCUCUGAUGUCUGGAUGUACAAUGAGCACCUGCGAGAGCACGCCACACAGUUUGCUCGAAAGGGACAAUCUCAAGGCUCACUGCUGGACAUGCCAGGCUGCUUUAUGCAGGAAAAUGCUGUGAAGAACUUUAUCUCAUCAAUUAUGCAACAUCAGUCGAAAAAGGCUAUUAAAGAUGAGACUUUAAAGUCAUCUAAGGAAGAGAGAAAGGCUUUUAUAGAUGCGCCUGGACUAGAGCAAAAAUCCUCAGAUACAGCUGAGCCUGAAACUGCAAAGCCUAAAGGUAUUAGUGCUGAGGAAGGAAGCAAACAUGCUUCAUUUACACCCACUAAAGUUCUAUCUAAAACAGAGACUACACCAAAAAAUAUAGAAAUGCAUCCGAACUGCAAAGAUCCCUCACGAGACUGUCACCACUGUGGCAAGCAAUUUCCAAAACCAUUUAAGCUUCAACGACACUUGGUAGUUCACAAUUUGCAAAAAAUUUUCAUGUGUCACAAAUGUCCAGUCUCAUAUCAGCAAGUAAACGAGCUGAAAGAUCAUCUGAAAAAUGAACAUGAAGAGGUGGAUGAACUUGAUUCAAAGCAUACCACGUUAUACACCUGUGAGCUUUGUGCUGAUGUUAUGCAUGUCAUUAAAAAGUCUUUUAUCUGCAGUACCUGCAACUACACCUUUUCCAAGAAAGAACAAUUUGACCGUCACAUGGAGAAACAUCUCGCUGGAGCUAACAAGAUCUUUAAGUUUAGGGGGGUUGUAAGACCAUGCAAGCCCUACACAACCAAAGACAAUAAAUGUGAUAAACCACCAAACAAGAGGAGAAAGGUACUUUCCCAGAGUGAUCAAGAAAAUUGCUUAGACAGUGGAAUUGCCAGCAUUGCAUCUACAUACAUGGACCAAAAUACAGAUGUACAGAGUCUAAAAUCAGUCACAAAUGACCUGACAUCCAAUGACAUUGAUCAACAGCUUAAUGAGACGGCUAAUACGAAUGUAAAAAUUGAAGACAUGGCAGAAGAUCUAUUUGGGGCUCUGGAAGAGUUGGGGAAGUGUCAGUCUGAAUUGGAUUCUGCUGACCACACACUUUCCACACAAACCAUGCCUAAGGAAGAAGAUAAAGAAAGCUCUCAUGCACAUGAAUACAGAGAUACCAAAGAGGUUGGAACAGAUAACAAAGGUCCUCUAGCUGAGAUAUGUGAUGUUAAAGUUGAGAAUGAUUGUGCUGCAGCUCAGACCACAUCACCAGUACUAAUUCUAAAUGAAAGUCCUAAGAACAGAACAAAAGAUGCAACUAAAGUAAUUGGGACAGAGGAUUUGGAUCAAAGCAACUCACAAAAUCCCAGUCAAAUAAAUUCAGAAGAUCAGAAGAAUGUAGACAGCAGUUUAAAAAAAAACAAUCAGCACUCACUAUUCAGUAAGAUAAAUCAGCUGAGCCAUGACCAGAUGAAUAAGUGUUCAUCCAGUGAUAAAAAUGAAAAUGAGCAAAUCAUAAACCAGACUGAACCUCCAACUUGCAUCUUGGUUAAAGAUAGGAGAUCUCAUAAGCCAGAAGAAAAUAUUAAACAAUGUAAUGACAAUAACCCCAAGUCUGGAAGCCUUCAGGCCACAGACAUUGCAAGUGUAAAUCUAGUCAAAAUUCAUUACUGCUCUGACAUUAAGGUGAGCGCAAGACCAAAAAAAAGGAAAGCUCCCAAGUUGACACCAAAUUCUCCAAAGACACUAUCACCUGUUGCACGUGAGAAUCUUGGAAUUGAUUCAAAGCUCAAGAAGAAAUUUCAAUCCAACAAAUGUGAGAGAUCGACUGGUCAGCGGAAAGCUGAUGUCCAUGGUGACUAUCCUGUGCUUACAUCAGUAAAAGAGGACAUAGCCAGUAACAAAAUAGUCUCUAAGCAAAAAAUAAGAAUGUUUGACCUACAACCAAAAAGAGACUCUACUGACAACUUUUCACCAAAGAAAGGAGAGAUUGUGCAUCAUUUUAAUUUGGAUUGCAGAAAAAAGAGUGUAUCUCAAAGGCUUAUUCAUUCUCCCUCUUCAAAGGGGCCAGUAGGCUCCCUGAACAAUUCAUUUAAUAAAUCCAGGCCCAAGCCAGGGGCCAAAUCUGUAGAGUCACAAAACCUCCUUAAUGAGCUGUUUGGCCAAAGACUCACUGGUUUUAAGAUUCCAUUAAGGAAGGACGCUUCAUAAUCCAUUAAGAAUGAGACUGAUGCUACUUAGGAGGAGAGAAGUUAUCCACUAGUUGGUUGAUCAAGACAGUUUUGUAUAUGUCUUUCCACCCUAGAAAUGGGCAAACUUCUUAAAUAGUCACUUUAUUACUUUGUAUCUUCUUGUAAAGGUUUUCACAUGUCUGUGAGGACAAAUGAUAAAGACAAGUUUAUAUAUAUAUAAUGAUGAAAUUGCUGAUUGCUGCAGACUUUUACAAACAGCUUUAUUUUCUUGAAGUUGACCAUGUUACAGUCUUUAUUUCAUGGAGAAAAAGAUUCGUUGUAAACAUUACUUGAAAGUUAACUGAGAUUCAAAGAUUAUGCAUGACACAUCACACAUUCAUAGAUAUUUUUUUUGCAAUAGUACCACAUUACAUUUCUGAACUAAGCCAAUGUGCCUGUUUUGUACGCUUCUUAGAAUUACGCUUUUGUAUUCUUUUACCUUACUGUAUUGCAGUGACAUUCAAUGUAUUAGCUUUUGUAUAAACAUUAAAUGGUGCUAUACUAUUUUAUAUUUUUUGUAAUGUGAACAGAAAUGAUCUCUAACUGAAGGGAACAUGUAGCGAAGACAUUCAUCAAAUCAUUCUUGCUGGUACUUUAUGGUUUUUGAGGAAAGAGUAAAAUACUGUGUAAAAUAUGGUAAAGAGGGUUAGUUUGUCCAAGUGUUGAUUAAGUGUCCGCAGAAAAGAGCAUUGGAAAGUUUUUUCCAUGAGUAAAUUUAGUUUUAUUACAGUUUGGUUUGAUGAACUCAGGUGCUAAAAAAAGAAAAAGAAAAGAACCCUCUUGCGCAUGAACCCCUUGUUUGGAAUUCCUCUCAUGCACUGAUGUUACCACACACCCAACUCGCAAUCAGUUAAGCGGAUUUCAUCCAAAUGUUUUAUUAUGACUAUUAUUUACUAGAACAAAAGGUGCUUUAUCUUGUUUAUAUGUGUAUCUUGUAUUAUAUUGUAGGUAGAUUAUAUCUGGUGCAAUGCAUAAUGUUAAAGUUCUAUUUUAAUAAUGUGCAACAGAUGAAGAGAAUAAGGAAAGGGAAAUGCUAAGCCUACUAAAGGCUUAUACGUGGUUCUAAAGUGCCUCAUAUAAAGAUGGUUAUUAAAAAUCUGCAUUGUC